AGUGGCUUUCGUCCCUCGAGCGCCACACCUAGAGGAACAGCUUAUCCAAACUGAAAAAAAUAAAAGAGAAACCAAUAUAUUGUUUAGCAAAAUGCAGAAUCGUGUCGACUUAUAACCCUUCUGUCACUGAUAACCGCUGGUAUUCUUUCACUUUUUCAUCGUAAAGAAAAGAGCACACUAGACAUUUUCCCAGACAGAUAGCUCGUUUAUGUUCAAAACUGCAUGAUGGUAAAUAAAUGACAGAAUCUUCAUUUAAGGUAAACUAUUCUUUACGUGUCCCGUUAAAAGGUAGCGGUCCAUAAAUCAUUGAUUCUGGAAUCUGUAGGCAGGUUUAUACCACGUCAACGGCAAUUCAAAGUUCUUCUUUUGUAAUAGUAGUCAUAAAAAGAUAUUUAAAUAAAAUAAGUAGCAAAAUUUGGGACACCCCUGAUCAUUUUUGGAAGCUGUUUCAGCUGGCAUAAUAGCUGAAGGUCUUCUCGACGCCAAGCAUUUUGGUACAAGCCCAUUGUGGGAAUUCCAUACAAUUAAAAGCAUUCUGAAAUGGAGCGGGAAGCCAAUAUAAUGACCUAAUGACUGAUAAUGAGCUCAGUUUUGGUCAGGAGUCUAGCAGUGUUUUGUCUGGGUUGCAACUGACUUCACAGUCCUCCAGGGAAGGCCGGCCGGUCAGAAAUCCAUUGUAAUAAUCUGCCCUGCUGCUCAUGAAUGCAUGAAUAAGCUUCUCUGGGGCCUAUUUGUGCACAAAGGAUUUAAUUUUUACUGUUUUGGAUGUUUUUUAACUUAACAUUCGAAAAUCGUACCAAGGUUCCUGGCUUAAUUUUUAGUUUUAAAAGUCAAGGCAUGCAUUGGCCUUUGAUAUUUCAUCUUUAUGGCCAAAUGUAUUUGCCGCUCCUUUGUUUUUAGUUUAUUCAACGUGUAUUUCCAGCUGCAAAUUUUAUUUAUGCAGACCGUGAAGCAGAGCGAGGUAGAUCUGGGUGUCCUUUGCAAGGCUGUGAUAAGCAAUAUUCAUGAUCUCAACUACACGGCCUCCUAUGGGAGCAUGCACACACUGAAUAGUUCAGGCUCGAGGAUUGAAACGUGAGGAGCUCCAUGCGUCGUGGCGGCACGGUUAAGAUUCGUAAAUGUUCACAAAUGCCUGCUGAAUACGGCUUGAACCAUCCGUCUGUUAAUGAGUACAUUGUCAGCAACAUCAUCAAACGCAAGAUUGUAAUCUAAAACCAACAUUUGUCUGAAUCGGUAUUUAAAGGGACAGUUCACCAAAAAAAAAAAGCAUCGUACCUGUAUUGAGUUUCUUACUUGUUUUGAACAUAAAAGCAGACAUAUUGUCAUUACAUUUCCCUCAUCUGAUGCUCCCUUAACGUUAAAAAUCAUAUUUUAAUAAGUCUCAUUAGCAAAUCUCGAAUAAAUCUACUUUUACUGCUGUAUUGAUAUUUAUUGCAUUUUAUUAUUCUAUUUUUAACGUGUUGUUGGCCAUUUAUCAGGCCUAAAUAUAUGUUUUAUUAGUAAUAGGCACAGUUUUAAUGUAGGUGCAUGGGUCCUUUCGAUCCCAGACAGGCGACACCAUCGGAUCUGACAUCAUUAGUCUAUUACCAACAGCAACGUGGACGCUUUAUAUAAACUGCACUGUAAUCCAUAACAAACACAACCCGGUCCUGUUGUUUUGACGAUGCUUGACCACUGCCGGACAGUGUUAUUUCGGUCGGUCGCGAGCUCCGCAGCGCCCCCCUGCAGCUCGAAAACUUUCCCGUCUCGAAGUGAUUUCCUCCCCUGUUUUUACUUCCUGUUUUCUGAGGGAGUCACUUAACUCAGACCGUUUCUGCUCAUCAGGGUUUCGCUAUGCGCGUCUUCUUCUGCCGGUAGUUUUUCACCGACCUCUCCCGUCGGGAUCUCGGCACGGACUGGGACAUCCGCGCGUAUAUUCCGCUUUAGAUGGAGGUCGGAGGGCUGAAGUCGGUCGUGUCUACGGCUCUAAUGGAUUUUACGUAGACUUGCGUUUUGUUUUAAUGCCUUUUGCUGCCUUCCCGGUCGUUUUAUCACCCUCCUCCGCCGAGUGCCCAGCCUCGACCGCCCCUUUAACUCCGGCAACAAUGUAACUAACUCGAUCGCUCGCUCGCUCAUCCGCCUUCCGCCGAGCUCGACUCCGAAGACCGCCGCCGCCGCGCGCGCGAUCGCCGCUUUUAAAGUUUGACGCCGCCGUCGUUUCCUCGCCGAACUUCACGAUGGCCGAGCUGCAGCGACCGACGCUGUGCUGCUGUCGGAAAGUGCUGACCGUGCCCGGUAACAAGUCCUGCGAGGGCGGCCGGGGUCUGGCGCGCUGUCGCCCGGUGGACGUCGCGUCGGCGUCCAACUUCCACAGCUUUAAACUCCGACAUUUCCACCUGGACCUCCACCUGAACUUCGCCGUCAAGAGGAUGACGGGAUGGCAGGUUCUGGAGCUCACGCCCGUCCAGCCCGGCGUCCAGUCGCUCAUUCUGGACACGCAUCCUUCGUUAUUAAUUCAUUCCGUGGACUGCAAGGUGCCCGGCGCGUCCGGUGCCCCCGACGUGUUUCUGUCGCUUACCUACCGAAUAGAACCGUUCACCGAUUACGGAUCCUCUCUGAACAUCAGCCUCCCUGCCGCGGUGAUCCGGCCGCACCGGGCUUUCCGUGUCACCAUCCGCUACACUACCACAGACGGCCCUGCGAUUUGGUGGUUGGACGCCGAGCUGACAUGCGGACAAACCCGUCCGCUGGUCUUUACUCAGGGUCACUCGGUCUGCAACCGGUCGUUUUUUCCCUGUUUUGACACGCCAGCCGUCAAAAGCACCUACUCUGCCACUGUCAGGGUACCGGAGGGUGUUACAGUGUUGAUGAGUGCCUCAAGAAGUGCAUACUCUAAACAGGACAGGGUUUUCCAGUUCUCCAUGGAGUAUCCGGUCCCAGCCUACUUGGUUGCCCUGGUGGCAGGAGACCUACAGCAUGCAGACAUUGGGCCGAGGAGUCGUGUGUGGGCAGAGCCAUGCAUCCUGACGUGUGCGGUCAGUAAACUAGGUGGCAGUGUGGAGCGCUGGCUUAAUGUGGCAGAGGGCCUUUUUGGGCCUUAUGUAUGGGGGAGGUACGAUAUAGUGUUCCUUCCUCCUUCAUUCCCCAUCGUCGCCAUGGAGAAUCCCUGCCUCACUUUCAUAAUUUCCUCCAUACUGGAGAGUCAAGAGUUUCUACUGAUUGAUGUCAUCCAUGAGAUCGCUCACGGUUGGUUCGGCAAUGCUGUCACCAAUGCUACCUGGGAAGAGAUGUGGCUUAGUGAGGGUCUGGCCACUUAUGCUCAGAGGCGCAUUACCACAGAGGCCUACGGAGACUCCUUCACUUGUCUCGAGACUGUGUUCCGUCUAGAUGCUCUUCACAGGCAGAUGCGUCUUCUUGGAGACAACAAUCCUGUCAGUAAGCUGCAGGCCAAGUUUGAGCCAGGUGUAAACCCCAGCAGUCUAAUGAAUCUGUUCACCUAUGAGAAAGGCUUCUGCUUUGUGUCUUACCUCUCACAGCUGUGUGGAGACAUCAAGAGAUUUGAUAGUUUUCUUAGGGCCUACAUUGAGAAGUUCAGGUUCAGCAGCGUAAUCGCUCAGGAUCUGUUGGACUUUUUCCUUGGCUUUUUCCCUGAGCUGAAGGAGAGCUGCGUUGCUCAACGAGAGGGUCUGGAAUUUGAGCGAUGGCUGAAUGGCUGUGGUCCUCCGUUAUGCGAACCAGAUCUCUCGGCGGGUAGAGCCCUAACAGGCCCUGUUCAGCACCUGUGUGAUCUUUGGGGCGUGGAUGCCCCUGACCCCCAAGUGAUCUCUACAUUUGACCUCUCCUCCUGGAGCACCUUUCAGACCGUCCUCUUCCUGGACCGACUUCUAGACCGAUCGCCUCUGCCUCAAGAGGUGAUGAGUCUUCUGUCAAGCUGCUACUCGGCGUUGUUGGAUGGGAUGAACGCUGAAGUCCAGAUUCGCUGGCUGCAGAUUGUAGUGCGGAACAGCUUUUAUCCUGAUCUGCCCCGGGUUCGCAGCUUCUUGCAUAAACAUACCUCACGGAUGUACACGGUGCCCCUUUACGAGGAUCUAUGCGGAGGCGUGAUGAAGUGUUUCGCUGUGGAGGUGUUUUAUCAAACUCAGGCCCGUUUGCACCCGAAUCUACGCAGGACACUUCAGCAGAUACUGUUCCAAAGCAGCGCCCUCAACACCAGCACAGCUCCAUCUCUCCUCGCAACACCACCCUCUGCCCCUUCAUCGCCCACAGACCCGCCAGCCAACGGGACCAUCGCCCUGCGAGACGUCAACGUGUCCGCGUGAGCGCCGAGCUUCUGUGGAGAAGCAGAGGGUUUGAGGGCGAAAAGCCAGAAGGGCAGGAACUGAGCUCCUUGGCUCAGACCGGACCAUAGCAAUGCAUUGUGGGAGGCCAGCGCUGAUGGGUGUACACACUCUCACCAACACUGGGAUGUCUAUUUAUAAAGGCAGACACUGAUUUUCAUAAGCUAAACAUAAAGCUGCUCAGGGCUGUGGAACAAAGUGGAGGACAAAUGUUUGCGAUGGUUAUUAUGCCAUCACCUGUGUGUGUGUGUGUGUGUGCGCGCAUAUGGUUAGGGGCAUGUCAGUAUCAAGGAUACUGGUCGCCAUCUGUUAGCCAUUACCUUUUUGAGUGCGUGGAUGUGUGUGUGUUUAUUUCUUUGGGUGUUUUGCAUAAGUUCUUCCGGCCUAUGCACAUCAUCUCAUGUUGCGUUUGCCUCUGUUCUCCGAGAAAUCAAUUGGAGGACUUAACGAGAUUUCAGAGACUUUUCUUUUGCUAGCUACACAGAGGUGUCCCGAGGAGGACCAAUCCCUGAGCAAUCGCCUUCCUUGACAGUGUUUGAAAGCUGCCGUGAACGCCGCACGGCCUGCACCCAUUGUGCACGUCUAAUGAAGAUCCCGCAGAGCUCUCAGCGUUUCUGCGAUAAAUAGAUUGUAUCCUAUUUGUUUGAACUGGAAUCUGUCUUUCUCAAGCGUCUCUUUCCUGGUGCUAACCACUCAACAUUAAGUCUCAGGUAUAUCAAGACAGAAGAAGUGGAGCCAUGUUAGUGCCUUUCAAACCUUUCGACACUGUGGGUGUUUUUUAACACUCCCGUUCAGCCUGAAUUUGUUAUUUGAGCCAUACUAGGGUGACAUUGGUAACUAUUGUCCUACUUGCAUUGUGUGAAAGGUUGUUUUCAGGAAUUGAGAUGCUGUGGUGAUUUUUUUCUUUUGCAUUUUUUUUUUAUUUUAGCAAAUUAGCAAAUACCGAAGAGAAGGUAACGGAUUAUGAUUUGUGAGAAUGCAGUGAGUUUGAUGGGUGUUCAGGGUGGGGUUAUAGGUGGAUGGGUCCAAGCUGAUCAUCAGUGGCCUUAAAUACAAGCACAGUGGAAGACCGGUUCAGUUUUACAGGUAAUAAAGGCGUCAGAGAGCACUUUGUGUUGUGUCUGAGGAUCCAGCCUUGGAUUGAACUUUUUUUUGCAUACGUGGCAGACACUCAUCGGCAGGUUUCUCUAACUUGUAGAAUCAUAGCUUUGUUGAUUGGAGGCUUAAACACUGCACAGCCAACAAUAAAAGGGGUUGUUUUCCACCCUCA